AUGGGACCAGAAGAGGAAAAAGAGGUUUUGUCGCUCUUUGAAAAACAUCAAAAUGGUACUAAUGAGACGAGCGAAAGGUUUGGAGAAAUGUUUUGAAGUCUAAAUGAACGUUUGUCUUGUUGAUGAGCAUUGUUUUAACCCCCCGGAAUAGUAGUGGAUAGUAGUAGAAUAUUUUAUUGAUUUUUUGAAACGUAUUAAACGACCAGGGAACCCUGAUUCUUUUUGAAAUGUCUAUGUGUCUAUCUUCUGAAACAGACAUACACAUAAACUCUGAGGGUUCCCUGAUCCUUUAAAUUCCGGUUUUUAUUUUUACAUUUUCAAAUGCAGAAAAAAAAACAAUCGUUUUUGCAGUACAUACUCGAUAGCCGGCGCCCUUUUGCUGUCCGGAAAAUGGAUGACGGAUUGGUGGGAAAUCAGUCUGAGCAUAUUUCUGUGGAUGACACUCUCUUUCCUGGUUUCUUUGUUCCAAAUUUCUAGAAUUUGACAAUAUUAAUUGCAGCUCAUCACGAUAGUCGCCUCCCUUGUCACACUGUUUUCGAUGCGAAAACAUCAAUUUGUCUGUCUAAUGCCCAUUCCGUUUUUUUGUACGUUUUUUCAAAGACUUGUUUUGAGCUGAAAAGACCAAUUUAUUGCUUUUGAUCAGAAUCUGAAUUUUUCAGCGCUAAUUGAAUGCAGAUAAAAGUGUAAAAUAUUUCAGUGAUGGCUCUGAUCGUUCCGCUCUUCUUCGGCGCCACAACGUCAAUGGUUUUGGCGUUUGCAAUGUACGCAUCCAAAAAUGUACGUCUUUUUCUAAUUUGAAGAUUUUCUCCCCCACUCAAAUUAACGAAAAAAUUUCGGAUCUAUUCGUCUUUCCGCUGAUUACAGACAAUGAUCAAUUUUCAGGCGGUCAGCACGUGGUACUGCGCGAUCAUGGGCAUCAUUCAGACGAUUCUGAUAUUCGUGGCAGCGUUGACACGAAUACACGCCACGCUUUAG